AUGUUUCCACAUAAAACGAUACAUAAAGGUACCUGGAGCUCACCGGAUGGAAAAUAUAUAAACCAAAUUGAUCAUAUACUAAUAAACCUGAGAUUCAGCAACUGUAUUCAAGAUGUUCGGACUGUAAGAGGGGCAGAUAGUGACUCCGAUCACUUUCUUGUUAAAGGAAAAAUUAAAGUAAAACUUAAAAAUCCCGCUCGAUCUACUGGGAAUAUUCUGGACAGAUAUGAUGUAUCAAAGUUAGCGUCCGAAGAGAAGAGUCGGGGUUUUAAAAACAGACUAAAUGAACAGUUGAGAACCAUUCAUUUUGAUAGUAUAAGGUCAAUUGACGAAAGAUGGAAAAAAGUGAGAGAUUCAAUAAAGACAAUAUCGGAAUCAGUUUUGGGUAAACCGAAAAAAAUAAAGAAGCCAUGGUUUAAUGAAAUAUGCGAAAAAGCACUAGUUCAAAGAAAGAGUCUAAGGACCAUAUGGCUUGAUGAUAUUGAUAACGAAUAG